AUGGAUUCUGGGGAUAGAGACCACGAAAUGGCCGAUGCUCCCCCAGUGGUCGACUCAAACGAUGUAAAGCCCCCUCUCCAACUGUUAUGUACGGCGAUUGCCCCAGCUAGCAAAUCAGCCGAGAUGAGUCGCCAACCAAGCCCCGAAUCUGCGCCCUCCUCCUCGAAACCCCAGUCUUUUGUGUUCAAUACUGGUACUGCGGACACAAAUGAACCCGUUGGAAGCUUGGGGAUUACCGACCCCGAGCACCCAUUUUUCGUGCAUUCCAACAACUCGCCCACCUUCAAAUACAAGUACCCGCAGGCCAAACCUACUCCGGACGGCGAGGACGACCUUACGUGGAACAGGAUUUACACAGCAGCAGACUCUCGCAUGUAUAACAAACAUCACAAAUCCGCCAACGAGUCAAGAAAGUACCGCGAGUCGGGCGAAACCCGUAUACUUGCGAUUCGCAUGCUCGCGGAGAACAAGGAAAAGCAUGCUCGAGCCGUGGCUGCUGCUCUGGCAGGUGGCCAGCCGUACGUUCCCAAGGCGCCACCAAAGCCAAGAGCCACAGCUGUAAAGUCUGAGUCGAUUGGCAUAAAGAAAGAGACGCCGGAGGAAUCUUGGGAGUUGGCGCCAGGUGCGGUACCAAUGAGCAUAUCGGAGAAGAUAAAGAGCGAAGGUCGCAAGAGAAAAACACCCUCAGACACACCCUCUUCUCAGCAGAGUACACCUGCUCCGCCUGCCAUCCAGCAAAAUAGCAGUCCUGCCCCACGGACGGGUAGCCCUGCUCCACCCAAGGCUGAGAAGCCAGCUCCGAAGAAAAAGGCCACAGCUGCUCCGAACAGGAGAACCGGUCCGCCUAAGAAACCCCUGACAGAUGCUGAUAAGACUCACACACCCGCAAGCUCUCGUCGCGCCAGUGCCUCCCCACUUGGUAGUCCCGAAAGCAACGAUGGCGGAGAAUACUGCAUCUGCCGGGGACCAGAUGAUCACCGCAUGAUGGUGUUCUGCGAUGGAGGCUGCGAGGAUUGGUACCACUGCUCAUGCGUCAAUAUCGACGAGGAAGAUGCCAGAGAGCUCUUGGACCGCUACAUCUGCCCGAAAUGUACGACCAAUGAACUGAAGACUACCUGGAAGCGCAUUUGCCGUUACAGCAACUGCGACAAUGGCUGUAGGAAGGCGGCUCGUGUGAACGAGACUAGCAAGUAUUGUAGUGAAGAGCACUUGAACGCAUUCUUCGAGUGGUGUUACAAGAAGCUCCGUGGUGACGACGCCCCGUCCAUGGGAAGCGCCUUGAACCGCCAGGAAGUUGCGGAUCUACUGACAUCAAUUUCAACCGUUGAAGAGCUUCAUGCGCUGGGGAAGAAGCCAAGACUGGUGGUUGCGGAGGGCACCAACCCAGAUCGACCUGUUGGGCUCGAUUACAUUACAGCUGAGGAGAAAUCGACUAUUGACGAUAUCCAGCAGAAGAAGCACGUGAUCGAGGCCCAGAUCCAGGGCUACAGGAACCAAAAGAAGCUUCUCAUCAUGAUCGAUGAGCGGUCCAAGCACGCUGUAAAGCACCCGGCCGUGGAGCUCAAGGCCAUCUGUGGCUACGAUAACCGUCUAGCUAUGAACGAAGCCGAGUUCAAGGAAUGGUUUGAAUCACCCGAAGGACAAAAUGCCUUUAAAACCGGCAUCCUCGGCCCACGUUCAGUUGAGACGAAAGACGUGGUUGCGCAUAUCCCUUACCCUGGCCAGAAUCUGCCCGAGGCACUCAAGAUGUCCGACGCACUUGAGAACGUCUGCUUGAAAGCCCCGAAGAAGUGCAAGCACAACGCUUGGCGAGAAAUCCAUAAUGCAGAUUUUACGGUCAUGAUAAACAGCUUGACGGCGCAAUUGAACAGACUCACCGAGCAGGAAGAGGACAUCAUCGACGAUGCUGAGACACGGGAGGCGACAAAGGAUUACUAUGCGGAUAAUGUUACUGUCCAGCUCUUCUAG